AUGUACACUGCUGUCCCAGAGAACUCAGCCAGCAAGGAUUUCAUCUCCAGUUCGCUGAACAGUAGCCGCCAAACUCUGGCAGUUGCUCCACAGAGUGUGAGCUUCCGUGCUUCUGAUGGCCAGCGUCUCUCCAUUCACCAGCUGGCAAGACCUAUGGAGCUGAGAUUCCAGGAUCUUGGUGGCGACUCCCGGGCGAGGUGCAUGUUCUGGGACGAAGAGGCGGGGCGGUGGUCCAGGGACGGCAUGGAGCGCUCAGAGGAAGAGGGCUUCGUCUGCCUCACAAGCCACCUGACCAUCUUCGGAGCCAUUCUGGAGGCAGCGGGAAAUGCUUUCCGGUGCUCAACAGCCUCCGUGGUUCUCUCUGCAGCAGGAGUCAAGAAUCUGGGAACAGUUGAGUGGCUGCCCCGUGCAGCCAGCAUCCUGUUCUUCAUCUUCCUCGCCCUUUUUGCUGCUGUUUUGACUUGGGCUUGGUACCUUGACAGACGGACAAUGCGAGAGAUCGCAAAGGAAGAGGUGGAGACGGUCGUCAUGGUGAGCCACCACCUGAGCGAGGAGUUUCACGCCCCUGAAGCAGGCGGCCAGAAAGGGGGCCGCUACCGGGCUCGCUGCUGCACCUGCCUUGGCAAAGCCCUCGAUGGGACAGCGUGGUUGGUUGGCACAGUCUUCGAGUGUCAAGCCGCGGAUUCAAUGACUGAGCUCUUGGACGCAAGAGUUGCAGCAGUCAACCGAUGCAUUUCAGCCAUUCAUUCUUACCAUACCGGCGCAUGCCGACAGAGCAUCCAAGCUGUCAUGGCAUACAGUGGUGAGAAGAAGCUCAGGCGUCCCGAAAGUCAGCUUUGCCGCAUGGGCUCUCAAGCUUCAGCCAUCGAAUCAUGGAACAUCCAUUUCCAUGGAAUCAAAGCUGUUGAGAAGUUUCUCACAAGCUCGUGGCUGCGUCGCGUAGUUGUUCUGCUACCCUGCAUGCACCCCUGGGUGACACUAAGCUUCAUCAGUCUCUUCAGAUCACACUCAGUGCGAGCGUCGCUCAUCGGACUGAAGCUGUUGAGUGCCGCCUUCACGAAUGCUUUGUUCUUCACCAGCACUGCGACGGGCAAAGACUCAGAUGACGAGUGCGCAGCGCCACAGACUACGGAAGAGAAACUGCUUCAGGCCGCUGUCGUGGGUUUCUUCUCCGCCUGCAUGGGAGAUGUGCUAAUUGUUGUUCUGGCCCUCGUUCAGCAGCGCCGUGUUGUGGUUCGUGAACACUGGACUGCCGAGAUGAAGUCCAGGCAGUUGAGUCGGUGGCGCUUGCGGCGGCGUUUGUUUUGGCUUUGCUGGCUCGUGCUGGCCGUCUUUUCGGCGUUCUACGUGUUGACCUUUCUCGCGAACGUAAGCGCGGCGGAUGCCGCCAAGUGGCUUGAAAGCACUGGCAUGAGCCUGUUGCAAGAUGUGGUCUUGAAGCCCUUGCUUCUUGCCCUUGGGUAUGCUACGUUGACAACCUUGGUGUUGUGCUGCAGCCCGCGUGUCAAAGACACGAUCUUAAACCAGUGGAUACAAGCUGAUGAUGACCUGCAGUGUGACCCAGACGUGACCAAUCGUGACGACAAGCCAGGCAGUGUCAAUGAGGGUGAGCAUGAGUCCUCCCCCUCUGUUUUUGAGCGACAGCGAGAGGUGGUGCACUGCGUUUACCUUGAUGAGGAUGAACAUGGGUCCUCCCAAUCUGUCUGCGAGCGAGAGGUUGUGAGUCAGCAAGCUAACAGCUUCAACGCUCUUGACAGCCACUUUCCAUCCUUUCCCAAGGUAGUGAAGCCGCUCUGGGACUUCGGGAAACUACCCAUGAAGGGCAACUUCCAGGAGCAGAACAACCCCUUGGUCCGGCCUUUCCAGCGCACAGCCACGCAAGCCGUGACGGAGUUCGUGGCAGCAAGAUGGGCGCAGGUUGAGAGCAGGCUUCCCGUCGCGGCCCAGAACUUGUUCCGCCGCCAGGCGAUUUCGCAGGUCCCAGAGGCGGCAGAACUCACAGCCAGGAUGGUCAAACCCAACCUCCACUGGGUACCGAAGAUGCCGAAGACCCAGCCGGUGCCUCUCGGAAUCGGCAGAGCCACGGGUGCCGCAGGUGCAGAUGUCGGUGGCAACGCGGUCUUUCGCGCCCCGUUCGUGCGAGCAUUUCGUGCCUUGGAAAGGGCGCAGCGUCUGGGGAGGUAUCGCUACAGCACGGUGCGGCCCAUGGGCCGCUCCAUCUUUCCCAAGCGCUACGACCUACCGCGGAGCCUCCAUCCAGCUUGGCGGAGGUACUUCUCAUCGGCCUCAUCAGAGACUCGCGCCAAGUUCUUUGGCAGGCACCUGCGAGACAUCUUGGCCAGGAAGGACAUGAAGGAGGCAAAGCUCAUGCAGCAAGGCAAGAAGGGCGGCGUCUGCACGCAGCAGCAGAGGGCGGCCUUCGCCUCGCGUUUUGGAUACAAUCCACAAGGAGGGGCCGUGAACAGCCUUUCUUAUCAACAUCCCAGUUCGAAGUUGACGUCGCUGUACCUGGUCACCAGUGAUCAAGCUGACCACAAUGGUGCCUUCAAAGGACUGGAUCGUGGCCCAAGUGCACAGAGCUUCGGCACCAUGUGCUAUCGUCUGCUGCAGAUGAGCUCACACUACAGUGUGGUGUUCAAGCGCGUGGACUCUGUGAAGGCCGCAACGGAGUUCGUGCAGUCGUUGAAGUCUGAUCAUAUCUUCGGGCAAGGCAUCAAGCAUGUGACCAUCUCCGGCCAUGGCAAUCCUACGACGCUGGUCUUGGGCUCUGACCGCUUGCUCAGCGCGCAAGUGGGCAUGAAAACUUCGGAGACGAGCAAGCUGUUAGAUGCCUUGCGGCCACUGUUGAUUGAGCAGGGUGAGGCUAGGUCCACGGUGUUCCUCGAAUCAUGCUCUACCGGCAAGCAGCCGCAGAACGAGAGACUGAAACCGUUGGCUCAGAACAUCGCGGAUUCCUUGCCGGGGGUGGAAGUUCAUGCUUUCAAGGACUCGAUGUACCCGGCCCAGGUCAAGUUGCAGGGCAGCUUCUUUGAGGAUGCCCUGUUCAAAUGCACCGUCGGCUCUCCGAACGGAUGCCUCAAGUCAACCACGUUCAUAUCCAAAGCCGUCACUGUGGCAGCGCUCCUCCAGCGAUUGGAGGUGCUGGAGAAUGUCACCGAAGCCGAGGACGAAGACGAAUUCAAGUUCUAUGAUGGCGUCACCUUCCUGGCCUCUGUGGAAAUGUGCGCCGAGUGGUGUGCCAUGGUCGACUACUGCAACAGCCUUGAGUUUACCGAAUUCGAAGAGCAGGAAGACUGGAUAGACUCAGCUCUGGGCUUGUGUUCGCUUUAUGAACGAAAGGAGGCGGAUGCCGUAGAGGAGGAGGAGGAGGAAGAGGAGGAGGAUUGGGAUCCUUAUGCAGAGCGCCUGAAGAAUUUUACGGUUGACGAAGAUGAUGUAUCCAUCAUCACUGAGUUUGAUGGCCUGGCGCUGGACUAG